AUGAUGUCCAUGAACAGCAAACAGCCGCACUUCGCCAUGCAUCCUUCUUUACCCGAGCACAAGUACACCACCCUGCAUUCCAGCUCGGAAGCUAUAAGGAGAGCUUGUCUACAAACUCCACAGCUGCAGAGCAACAUAUUCGCGAGCCUGGAUGAGACCCUGUUGGCGCGGGCUGAGGCUUUGGCGGCCGUGGACAUCGCCGUGUCCCAGGGCAAGACGCACCCGUUCAAGCCCGACGCCACCUACCACACGAUGAGCACGGUGCCAUGCUCGUCGACAUCCACUGUUCCACUGGCUCAUCAUCAUCACCAUCAUCACCACCAUCACCACCAGAACCUGGAGCCGCAGGACAUCAUGGACCACAUCAGCUCGCCGUCCCUCGCUCUUAUGUCCAGUGCGCACGAUGGGACCGGCGGAGGAGGCGGCGGGGGCGGUGGAGGUGGCGGCGGAGGACUCAUCUCCACCUCCUCUGCCCACCCGCACUCACACAUGCACGGCUUGGGUCACCUUUCCCACCAGGCUAUGAGCAUGAACUCGCCUCUCACCCACCACGGGCUCUUACCGGGCCACCACGGGGGGAGUCAAGGCGGCCCAGGGCUCACUAACACCGGCCUGCCCUCCAUCAAUGACUCGGACACGGACCCAAGGGAGCUGGAGGCUUUCGCGGAGCGCUUCAAACAGCGGAGGAUCAAGCUGGGGGUGACCCAGGCGGACGUGGGCGGCGCUCUGGCUAAUCUAAAAAUCCCCGGCGUGGGAUCACUGAGCCAAAGUACAAUUUGUCGAUUCGAGUCGUUAACUCUCUCCCAUAACAACAUGAUUGCGCUCAAACCCAUCCUCCAGGCCUGGCUGGAGGAGGCCGAGGGGGCCCAGAGGGAGAAAAUGAGUAAACCGGACAUUUUCAACGGAGGGGAGAAGAAGCGCAAGAGGACCUCGAUAGCGGCCCCGGAAAAGAGAUCUUUGGAGGCGUACUUCGCCGUGCAGCCUCGACCGUCGUCCGAGAAAAUAGCAGCUAUAGCGGAAAAGUUGGACCUGAAAAAAAAUGUGGUGCGAGUGUGGUUUUGUAACCAAAGACAGAAGCAGAAGAGGUUGAAAUUUUCCGCUGCUCACUGA